AUGGACAGCCCCGAGGUCACCUUCACGCUGGCCUACCUGGUGUUCGCCGUGUGCUUCGUGUUCACCCCCACCGAGUUCCACUCGGCCGGGCUCACGGUGCAGAACCUGCUGUCGGGGUGGCUGGGCAGCGAGGACGCCGCCUUCGUGCCGUAUCACCUGCGCCGCACGGCCGCCACGCUGCUGUGCCACUCACUGCUGCCCCUCGGCUACUACGUGGGCAUGUGCUUUGCAGCCUCGGAAAAGCAGCUCUACUACCCCAGCCAGACCCCGGAAACCUGGAGGGCCUUCCUCCUGCUAGCGUUGAUGCUGCCCGCUAUCGCCUGCACCCUGAUCUACUACUGGUCCCGGGACCGGUGGGCCCGCCACCCCCUGGCCCGCACCCUGGCCCUCUAUGCCCUUCCACGGUCGGGCUGGCGGGCGGUGGCUUCCUCCGUGAACACGGAGUUCCGGCGGAUUGACAAGUUUGCCACGGGGGUGCCGGGUGCCCGCGUGAUUGUGACGGACACGUGGGUGAUGAAGGUGACCACGUACCGCGUGCACGUGGCCCAGCAGCAGGACGUGCAUCUGACCGUGACGGAGUCCCAGCAGCACGACCUCUCCCCAGACUCGAACCUGCCCGUGCAGCUCCUCACCAUCCGCGUGGCCAGUGCCAACCCUGCUGUGCAGGCCUUCAACAUCCGGCUGAACUCCACGGAGUACGGCGAGCUGUGUGAGAAGCUCCGGGCGCCCAUCCGCAGCGCGGCCAACGUGGUCAUCCACCAGAGCCUGGGCGACCUCUUCCUGGAGACCUUCGCCUCCCUGGUGGAGGUCAACCCGGCCUAUUCGGUCCCCAGCAGCCAGGACCUGGAGGCAUGCAUCGGCUGCAUGCAGACUCGGGCCAGCGUGAAGCUGGUGAAGACCUGCCAGGCGGCGGCCGAGGGCGAGUGCCAGCAGUGCUACUGCCGCCCCAUGUGGUGUCUCACCUGCAUGGGCAAGUGGUUUGCCAGCCGCCAGGACCCGCAGCGCCCCGACACCUGGCUGGCCAGCCGCGUGCCCUGCCCCACCUGCCGCGCUCGCUUCUGCAUCCUGGACGUGUGCGCCGUGCGCUGA